ACAUGCACCUCCCAACUGGAACUGGGAGCUCUGAUGGUCUGAGGGGAGGGAGAAAGGGAAACAGAAAGUCUCUGGUCUGAGCUAACAGCAGGUGGUGGUAGUGUGCUUUAAUAGUUUGCAAUCCACCAUUGAAAAGCAAAAAGAAGACAUGCAGAGUGAUCCAAAACCACGCAAAGUGAAAAAUGAAAAUAACGAGAAACAAAGAGACUUGAUGGCAGUGAAAGAGGAAAGUCAAGAACUGAAUGUCAUGGAUCAAAAACAAUAUCAUGAACAGAAAUCUGAUCAUUUCAUAACCGGUGAAGAGUCUGCUAGUUGCUCACAAAAAAGAACUCAAAGAACAAGAAACAAAAAUGAUUUCACCUGCUCUUAUUGUGGAAAGUCUUUUGCAGUUAAAGGAGAUCUACAGAGGCACCUGAGAAUUCACACUGGAGAGAAGCCUUUCACAUGCAUUCAGUGUGGAAAAAGUUUCUCACAAAAUGAAAGCCUUAAAAAUCAUAGAAGAACACACACUGGAGAAAAGCCAUUCACAUGCACUCAGUGUGGAAAGACUUUCUCAGUAGAAGGAAACCUUAAGAGGCACCUUAACUUUCACACUGGGCAGAAGCCUUUCACAUGCAAUCAGUGUGGAAAGAGUUUCACACAAGAAGAGAGCCUCAAAAAACACAUAAGAAUUCACACUGGAGAGAAGCCUUUCACAUGCCCUCAGUGUGAAAAGAGUUUUACACAAGCAAGCCAUCUCACAACUCAUCUGCACUCUCACUCUGGAUUAAAGCCAUUUAAUUGUGAUCAGUGUGGCAAAGAAUUUACAUUGGACUCACACCUAAAGAUGCACCUGAAAACUCAUGCUAAUGAAAAGCCUUACCUGUGUUCUGUUUGUGGAAAGAGUUUUUCACGACUGAACUAUUUUAAUGAUCACAAGAUAAUACAUACUGGUGUGAAAGCUCAUGUAUGCUCAGAGUGUGGUAAGGCCUUUAGCAGAGCUCGUGACUUGAAACAGCACCAAAGAAUCCAUACUGGAGAAAAAUCUUACAAGUGUUCACAUUGUGGAAAGAGUUUUAUUCAGUCAGGAAACCUGAAAGCACAUGAAAGAGUGCAUACUGGAGAGAAGCCAUACCACUGCACGUCCUGUGGGAAGAAUUUUACCCAAUCAAGUAAUCUACAGACACAUCUAAAAAAGGCUUGUCCAAAGUUGUCAUUCUGAGCAAAUUUCAUUUUCAGGGUAAACACUUUAAAGGAAACCCAUCUAUAUCUAUGUGUUGAACUCAUGUCAACAGCCAUUACAUUUACAUUUUACAUAUAGUCAUUUAGCAGAUGCUUUUAUCCCAAGUGACUUACAAAAUUAGGAACAUAAGCAUUUUGUCAUACAAAAGCCAAUAAACAGUUCAUCACAACCAAUACAUGCAUGUUAACAGUGUGAACCCAAAGAUAGUCUCCCACCAACAGUGUAACUUCAUCUUAAAGUUUCUUUUUCAUGAUUGAUCUGUAUUCCUAUAUAAGAAGUAAGGAUGUCCUGAUACCAUUUAUUUUUUAUAUUUUGUUUGAGAACAAGUAAGAGUACUGAUACUUCCUUUUCGGUACUUUUUUCUCUUGAAUUCCAUAUCAUCAGUUUAUUUCAGUUUUAUUCUCAAAAUCAUGUCUAAAGUUAAUUCGUUAAAACUUUAAUCAAAUAAAAAUAGAAAAAGUAAUUUUCAAAAUAAUUGUAUUCUUCUUAUCAAAUACAACUCUUUUAUACAGAACCUCACAGCACAAUCCAAAAUACAACAUAGAAGUUAUUUUUGGUCAAAUAAAGUGCUGCAUAACGGAGCCUCACAGAUGUGAGAGAUUUUUUUUUUCCUCCCCUUUUCUCACCAAUUUAGAAUGCCCAAUUCCCAAUGUGCUCUAAGUCCUCGUGGUGGCGUAGUGACUCGCCUCAAUCUGGGUGGCAGGGGAUGAAUCUCAGUUGCCUCUGCAUCUGAGACCAUCAAUCCACGCAUCUUAUCACGUGGCUUGUUGAGCGUGUUACCACAGAGACAUAAUGCGUGUGGAGGCUUCACGCUAUUCUCUGCGGCAUCCACGCACAACUCCCCACGUGCCCCACAGAAAGCGAGAACCACAUUAUAGCGAGGUUACACCGUGUGACUCUACCCUCCCUAGCAACCAGGCCAAUUUAGUUGCUUAGGAGAUCUGGCUGGAGUCACUCUGUCUCGAACUAGCGACUCCAGGUGUGGUAGUCAGCAUCAAUACUCGCUGAGCUACCCAGGCUUCCCCGAUGUGAGAGAUUUUUUUGAAAAUAACAAUUGGUAU